GCCAGUCUGUCUCAAUUCUGGGCCAGUUUCAACAAAUAUGAACUGUUGGAUGAUAGGCUGGAAAGAUACUGUAAACCGAGUCCCCCAGGCAGUACCCGUGUUCAUCUGGACCCGAAAAAAGUGCCCCGCCCUCAACAAGCACACCCUACCUCUGGGAACCAUCUGUGCACUAGAUGGCAGCAAAAGAAUACAAAGAUAUGCGGUUGGCCCGGGCUCAUCUCUCAUGUGCAAACAAGGACCUGACUCCUGGGUCCUGAUGGGCAUUUCAAUAAGGGGAAGCCAAAAACUGUUUGCCCCAGUGGCGACCCAACAGUCUUGGAUCUCUCGGACUGUGUGGGAUGCACCCUUUGUGUAAUUCAGCCAGUGACUCCAGACCUUGAACAGAUCCAGAAGCAGAGCCUGAACUGUUCUUCUACUGCACAGGGGGAGAGGUUGAAACGUCCCUCUUUCUCUAUAAAUCAGUCUCAAAUGGCUGCCUAUGGAAUGCACCCAAACCAGUUCCAUGCUGGGAACCUCGAAAGCUUCAAGAAGGGUGACAAUGGUGAUGACAAACUGGUGUCUAAUUGGACUUGCAUUCCAAGUGGUGAUAAUUUGAGCCAAAGAAUCCUGGGGGUGGAAUGAAUAUGUUCAAUAAACACAGUGCUAACAUU